CGGAAAUGUGCGGAAGGAAAACCACGUGAAUGAACAACGGAGGCUACAACAACAUAACGAGUAGCAUUUUAUCAUCAGCGCUAUGGUAAACUAUAGACUGUUAUAACGCUGUUGAUGUGUCAUUCAAAUAUGACAUGAGUUUAUUAGCUGGCUAGUUAUCCAUCAAUGUGCACGUUGCUGGCCUGCAAGUGGCCUUGUAUUUGCUGCAAAGAGGAGAUACACAAACGAACCAUUUUUUUUUUUGUGUGUGUGAAGUAUUUAGGAAUGGUCUAACCACCAGACACCAUGUUGAGUCGUCUACAGGAGCUGAAGAAGGAGGAGGAGACCCUCCUGAAGAUUAAAGUUAUGCUGCAGGACCAGCUCAACAGACUCAAGUUUGAAGAAGGGGCCCUAAAGUCCAUCAUCAACGCUCAGACAGACGAAGGUCCUUCACAACCUGCCAGUCCUCCUGAGGUUCCUCUGAACCUGGAUGACGAAGCAGUGAUCAACCAGACCAAACUGCUGCUGAGUGGUCCUGUAGACUACCACAUAGAGGAGGAGGAGGAAGAGGAGGAGGAGGACGACGAAGACGACGACGACAACAAUGAGCUUGAAGCAGUGCCUGAGGAAGACGAGGAGGACGACGAUUAUUACUGAGUGGACCUGUCCCAAAUGGCCCCCUGUUCCCAAUGUAGUGCACUGGGCUUGAGCAGGGACCUGGACAAAUGUAGUGCACUACAUAGGUAAUAGGAUGUAAUUUGGGACGUUACCAGUGUAUUGACCUCCUAAAGAGGAGAUGUGUAUAUAAUAUUACAGACUGUUCUUUUGUUUUGCAUCCUGUACUUCUGAAGUUGAUUUAUUUAUUAUUAUUAUUAUUAGUUAAACUACUAACUUACAGUGGGUAAAUAAAAUGUAGCCUGGGUGCUAGACAGUCUCCUUCUGUUCUUGUCAACUCCUUACUGAAUUGUCAUGUUUGGCUUGACAAUGACAGCAGUAGAGUUGGCUAGAGCACAAACAGAUCUGGGACCAGGCUUAUUGUCAUUCCAUAAUGACAGUAGUAGAGUUGGCUAGAGUACAAACAGGUCUGGGACCAGGCUUAUUGUCAUUCCAUAAUGACAGUAGUAGAGUUGGCUAGAGUACAAACAGGUCUGGGACCAGGCUUAUUGUCAUUCCAUAAUGACAGCAGUAGAGUUGGCUAGAGUACAAACAGGUCUGAGAACAGGCUUAUUGUCAUUCCAUAAUGACAGUAGUAGAGUUGGCUAGAACACAAACAGAUCUGAGACCAGGCUUAUUGUCAUUCCAUAAUGACAGCAGUAGAGUUGGCUAGAGCACAAACAGAUCUGUGAACAGGCUUAUUGUCAUUCCAUAAUGACAGCAGUAGAGUUGGCUAGAACACAAACAGAUCUGAGAACAGGCUUAUUGUCAUUCCAUAAUGACAGCAGUAGAGUUGGCUAGAGCACAAACAGAUCUGAGAACAGGCUUAUUGUCAUUCCAUAAUGACAGCAGUAGAGUUGGCUUUGAACACAAACAGAUCUGAGAACAGGCUUAUUGUCAUUCCAUAAUGACAGCAGUAGAGUUGGCUAGAGUACAAACAGAUCUGUGAACAGGCUUAUUGUCAUUCCAUAAUGACAGUAGUAGAGUUGGCUAGAGCACAAACAGAUCUGAGAACAGGCUUAUUGUCAUUCCAUAAUGACAGCAGUAGAGUUGGCUAGAACACAAACAGAUCUGAGAACAGGCUUAUUGUCAUUCCAUAAUGACAGCAGUAGAGUUGGCUAGAACACAAACAGAUCUGAGAACAGGCUUAUUGUCAUUCCAUAAUGACAGCAGUAGAGUUGGCUAGAACACAAACAGAUCUGAGAACAGGCUUAUUGUCAUUCCAUAAUGACAGCAGUAGAGUUGGCUAGAGUACAAACAGAUCUGAGAACAGGCUUAUUGUCAUUCCAUAAUGACAGCAGUAGAGUUGGCUAGAACACAAACAGAUCUGAGAACAGGCUUAUUGUCAUUCCAUAAAGACAGCAGUAGAGUUGGCUAGAGUACAAACAGGUCUGAGAACAGGCUUAUUGUCAUUCCAUAAUGACAGCAGUAGAGUUGGCUAGAACACAAACAGAUCUGAGAACAGGCUUAUUGUCAUUCCAUAAUGACAGCAGUAGAGUUGGCUAGAGCACAAACAGAUCUGAGAACAGGCUAGAUGUAAAUGUAUUGAUUUACAGUAAGAACAUGAACCGGAAUUAACUGUGUUCUCCCUCACAUUAAUUAAUAAGGUCUGUUUUUGUUGUAGCCUGGGCUAAAAAGAUCUGUUGGUGCUGAAUAGCCACUGUUAUCAUGUUAUACAUAAUAUUGUAGCGAUCCUUGCUAAUAUGAGCCACGUUACAAUUCCCGCCAAGUGGGUUAACCCUAUUGGCACGACACAUGGGAGGGGUUGUUCUUUCAGGCUCAGCGACCCAGAUUCGCUUCCCUGUCUGGGACCAGGCUGUCUGGCGUAUCGCCUGUAAAACCAUAGAGUUGUUGUUCCAUACCCGGUUCUUGUUCAGUAUCUCUCACUGGUCCAGCAGUAAUUGUAGUGUUCAAUGCUUGUAGCUCACUGUUCUACUGUUGGUGUGUCUCUAUGGAUGUUGAGGCAUGAAUCUAGGUAGGGUGGUAUUCAGAACAUACCGUCUCGAUACCAUACCGGGGAAUAUGGUAUUACCGAAUGUGUACACAAGGGGUACUAUUUUUGUUGUUUAAAACUAUACUGAACCCGAAAUAUAAAAAAAUGCAACAAGUUCAAAGUUCAUAUUAAGAAAAUCAGUCAAUUGAAAUAAAUAAAUUAGGUGCUAAUCUAUGGAUUUCACAUGACUGGGAAUACAGAUAUGCAUCUGUUGGUCACAGAUACCUUCAAAGAAAAUGGGGUCUCGUUGUGGUAUUUCUGUGCAUUCAAAUUCUCUAAAACGACGCGGCUCAUGGUGGAGAAAUUAACAUUAAAUUCUCUGUCAACAGCUCCGGUGGACAUUCCUGCAGUCAGUAUGCCAAUUGCACACUCUCUCAAAACUUGAAACAUCUGUGGCAUUGUGUUGUGUGACAUCUGCACAUUUUAGAGUGGCCUUUUAUUGUCCCCAACACAAGGUGCACCUAUGUAACGAUCACGCUGUUUAAUUGGCUUCUUGAUAUGCCACACCUGUCAGAUGGAUGGAUUAUUUUAGCAAAAGGAGAAAUGCUCACUAACAGAUUAAAACACAUUUGUGCACAAAGUUUUAGAGAAAUAAACUUUUUUGUGCCUAUGGACCAAUUUUAUUUCAGCUCAUGAAACAGUGAACCAACACUUUACCUGUUGCGUUUUAUAUUGUUGUUCAGUGUAUCUAGGCAACAGGGCUCUUUUUUUGAAAUUUUUAUUUUUUUACCUUUAUUUAACUAGGCAAGUCAGUUAAGAACAAAUUCUUAUUUUCAAUGACAGCCUAGGAACAGUGGGUUAACUGCCUGUUCAGGGGCAGAACGACAGAUUUUGUACCUUGUCAGCUCGGGGAUUUGAACUUGCAACCUUUCGGUUACUAGUCCAAUGCUCUAACCACUAGGCUACACUGCCGCCCAGGAGGGGAUUUAAUGUCUCUGCUGUAACCCACGAAGCUUAAUGUUGACAUCUAGACACUUAGCGAGCAAGUUAGCAAACCAAAUGAAACAGCUGGAGCAGUGGUUUAGCAUGCAGCCCCCCCCCAGUUCCCCGCAACGAUGUGGAAUUAUACCGUCGGUAUUUCUAAAUACCCCCUAGAAUGUAGUCCAGAACCAGAGCAAACUUGGGUUCAACUACUUUUUUCAAAUAACUUCGUUGUGCUUGAUUUGAUCUCGUCUGUUGCAAAUGGAACCAACAGAACAUUCCAAAACGACAGCAACCUGACACUGCGUGCAGAGUCAAGCAAACGCUCAAAUAUUGGGGUUUUCAAAAGGAACCCAGGUCCCGAGCCAGAGGAAUCACGAUCUCUCUAUUUAAUAACAGAGCAUGAGACCAUGUGUACUGCUGGGCCAUAUUGGAUAUAAGGAGACAGACAGACAGUACAGUGGAGAUCAAUACAUUACUGUAUCAACGAUAACAUGCAGACUGUGCAGUAUGUUAUGAGGGUUAAAAUUCAUGAGCACUAAAUAAAAGAACAAUGGCAAGAUGGUA